CAACUGCCAAACAGGGGCGAUAAGUGCCUCGAGUACGUCCGUCAGCACGCGACCCAGGGCGACGCCCAGUCCGUGGUGGACGCCAUGGACGAGUUCGCCUACACGAAGACGUGGAUGAUGAACAUCGGCGACGUGAAGGGCGCCAUAGUGGACGCCGAGAUCGAGAAGGCCAAGCCCCAGGUGAUGGCGGAGAUCGGCGCGUUCUGCGGCUACAGCGCGGUGCGCUUCGCGAGCAAGCUGCGAGCCGUGUCAGGCCCCUCUGCACGCUUCUACUCGUUCGAGUUCUCGCCGCACUUCGCCAACAUUGCGUCUCAGAUCGUGGCGCUUGCGGGGCUCUCGGACGUCGUGACCUUCUUGGUCGGCCCCUUUUCGGAGUCGUACACGAAGCUCAAGGAGCUGGGCGUCGACCACGUGGAUGUCUUCUUCAUGGACCACGACAAGCGCCAGUACCUGAGCGACUUCAAGUUGAUUGAGCAGAGCGGCCUGCUCAAGCCGGGAGGCGUGGUGGUGACCGACAACGUGCUUUCUCCAGGCCCCGGUGGGCUUCCGGAAUUCCUCGCGUACGUGCGCUCGAACCCCAAGUUCUCGUCGGUCCUGCACGAGUCGUUCGUCGAGUACCAAGCCGAGCUCAAGGACGGCGUCGAGGUCUCCACCUACGUG